AUGGGAAUCUCUACCAUCACAAUGUACCAUUGCCUUGCCUUUGUCUGGUACUUUUUUGUUGCCUAUUCAAUCACACACGUAAGCACAGAAGAGCGGCCAUCUGAAGUGUUCCUUUAUGGUGGGCAGUGGAAAUAUUUGACAGUCCUCAAUCUGGUUUUGCAGGCUGUCUUCUAUGGAGUGUCCUUCCUGGCUGAUGUGUUGAGACUAAUUAAGAAACUGCGAUGUGCUAAGUGCGUAAUUUCCAGCAGAGACCUUCUUUUCAGUGUCCUGGCUUUCCCCGUGUCCACAUUUGUGUGCAUAUCCUUUUGGACACUGUAUACCUACAAUCGAGAGCUGGUUUACCCCAAAAGCCUCGAUGGAGUCAUCCCACUCUGGUUAAAUCAUGCUAUGCACACAGCUGUAUUGCCGUUUGCUGUCCUGGAAAUCCUUGCUAUACCUCACCGUUACCCAGCGAAGAAGAAGGGAUUGAUCCUACUAGGAUUUGUUGCUUUCCUGUAUAUCAGUUGGGUGCUGUGGAUUUAUUCUGUAACAGGAGAGUGGGUGUAUCCUCUCUUUGCUCUCUUCAACCCAGCCGGGUUGGCAGCCUUUUUUGCUGGUAGCCUUGCUGUCAUCGUCUCUUUCUACAACUUCGGGGAGUUCCUCAACCGUAUGAUAUGGGGAGAUUCAAUAGUAAUACUGGACUACAGGCGGAAAGGCAAGUGAACCAUCUUCUUCAAGCCAAACUAUCUCUCCAUGGAUGCUGAAGCCAUGAAGCAGAGGAAAAUAAAUGCAGCUGCGAUAAAUCCUUUCUCCAAUGCAUUGCUGCUUCUGGUGAAGCCAUUAUGUCAUGAGACAUAUGGAAAACUGAUGGAAAAUAUGAAAUGUUUGCCUCUUACAUGAUAACUCAGCAACUGCUAUAAAUAAGAAAAUUGUCUUCAUCUGUUGACACAGAUUUCUCAUCUCUUGCACAAUGUACGUGAGGAUGUGCCCAUCAAUGGUAAAUGAACUCCCCCACGAGCUUGGCACCACUUUGCAAAAGCCUGGUGAGUGCAAGACAGCUCGUGUUUGGAUUGCCCUUUGUCAAAGUCUGGAAGAAAUUAAGAGGAGGGGUAACUUUAACAGUGCUGUGACUUCCAAGCUAGCUAGAUAACAAAUUGGGCUAACAAGGGUUGUAAUUAGGAAUGUCUGCUCAGAGAGUUCACCAUGAAGCCAAGUUCUUCUAAUGAGAAACAUGCUAGAAUAUUAAUAUGCAUCAUAUCUCCCCUCCAUUCUAACAGGCAAUGUAAAUGCAAGACUUUCUUCCUUUUUCUUGGUUUCAGUUAAUCUCGUAGCAAAAGUAACCUAAUUAUACUGACUGUAUGAUUGCUUUGACAGAAAGCAUGUUAAUUUAAAGCACUGUUUAACAUAAAGCUGCCUGCCAUAUAAUUACACUCCAUUCACAUGUUUACUAAUCUUGCUCAAUAUAGUUGAUUUCUGUUAUUAGCCUCAACAUCUCGUUAACAUCUAAAACACCGGAGAUCUGCUUUUCAAACCACAAUAAACAGACAAAACCAACAACGGCCUAAGUGUUCCUUAAUGGUCCAUGUGAAAAAGAAAGAUCUCUGUUAUUAGCCUUGCAUUUAAAUGAGGAUUUGAAGCUAGUUGCAGUACUUGAAUGUCUUCAUUGCCAAAACCCCUGGCUUAGAGCUACUGUGCACGCAGUUCACUGAGGUGUUAUUUUCAGCUUUCGAAUGCCACUGGAGCUUAGUGAAAA